AUGAUAGGCUCAAGAUUUUGCGGCCCGACCUUACACAUAACACAGAGCGUACUGACUUUGAACAGUAACGUCAGCAGGGUAGUUACUGGAAUCGCCAACCGAUUGUAUUACUCAAAAAACAAAGGUCAAAAGACAUGCUGCGAGAAUGUCCCGCAAACGUCUGGGAGAAAAGUAGAAGUUUGGCCAAAGCCCGACCCGCCGCCACCAGCGUGGCGCUGCGAGUGCCCUUCGGAACCACAGCCGCCCAACAAUGACCCCUACAGGAUCAAGGUUCCCGACGUAGUCGUGCCGCCAAUGCCACCGAGCAACGCCAAGUGGAGCGGCAUGGUGUUCAUGACCACUGACCGAGACGCCGAGGCCAGACAGCGAACGGAGCAGCAGCAGUAUCAGAAACAGAUGGGAAUGCAAUCCGAAGAGACCGUUGAGGAGGAUGCUGGCAAAAAAGAGGGCUUCAUGGGCUUACUGAAGGGCUUCCUAGAAAAACUAGGAGGAGGCAAAAAGAAGGGAGAAGGUGAUGCGAUGAUGCUGGAUUCUCGAGAUUUCCAGUGGAUUUACCGAUGGUGA